CUCUUUCUCACGCAGCGGAGCUCGUCAUCUGUCAACACGGAUUCUGGACCAAACCAGCCCACCUUUCUCUCUCUCUCCCACAUCGAAGAAAAUGUUAGAAAGGGCGACGUUUGCCACGGUCUCCCGGAACGGAACCCUGUACCUGUAGACUUUCCGACUGUGGUUACGUCAGGUCUAGAGGGAGGGAUGCCAGUGGAGAGCGGGAGCAGCGCCGCCGCCCGCCAGGCCAAGCAGAAGAGGAAGUCCCACAGCCUGUCCAUCCGCAGGACCAACAGCACCGAGCAGGAGCGAUCUGGUCUGCAAAGAGAUAUGCUGGAGGGACAGGACUCCAAACUGCCUUUGUCUCUGAGGAGCAAUCUGCUGGACCUGUUCAGCCAGAUCGAGAGGGAGUUUGAAAACCUCUACAUAGAAAACCUGGAGUUACGCAGGGAAAUCGAAACGCUGAACGAUCGUUUGGCUGCGGAGGGACAGACUUUCGAGGGGGCAGAUUUAGCCAAAGGAGCACUUAAAACAAAAGCAAGUCAUAGCACAAGUCAGCUGUCACAAAAACUGAAGACGACAUACAAGGCUUCCACAAGCAAGAUUGUGUCCAGUUUCAAAGCGACCACGUCCAGAGCCGUGUGCCAGCUGGUCAAGGAGUAUGUCGGCCACAGAGACGGCAUCUGGGACCUCAGCGUCACCAGGACACAGCCCGUGGUGCUGGGCACCGCAUCUGCAGACCACACUGCGAUGCUGUGGAGCAUUGAAACUGGGAAGUGCCUCCUCAAAUAUAUGGGCCAUCAAGGAUCAGUCAACUCCAUCAAGUUCCAUCCCACUGAACAGAUGGCUCUAACAGCCUCUGGAGACCAGACGGCUCACAUCUGGAGAUACAUGGUGCAGCUGCCAACUCCACAGCCUGUUGCUGAUAUGAGUCAGCAGACACCCUGCGAAGACGACGUGGACUUUUCGGACAAAGAUGAGGCCGACGGCGAAGUCGAGGGUCCAAAUGACUGUCCCUCUGUCCGUGUGCCGACCACGACUCUGCGCAGCCAUCAGGGCGUGGUGAUCGCUGCCGAUUGGCUGGUGGGGGGGAAGCAAGUGGUGACGGCCUCCUGGGAUCGAGCUGCCAACCUGUACGACGUGGAGACCUCAGAGCUGGUCCACUCACUUACUGGCCAUGACCAGGAGCUGACCCACUGCUGCACACACCCCACCCAGCGUCUGGUGGUCACCUCAUCCAGGGACACCACCUUCAGACUCUGGGACUUCAGAGACCCAUCCAUCCACUCUGUCAACGUGUUCCAGGGACACACUGACACGGUGACGUCCGCCGUGUUCACGGUGGGAGACAACGUGGUGUCUGGGAGCGACGAUCGAACCGUCAAAGUGUGGGACUUGAAGAACAUGAGGUCGCCUAUAGCAACCAUCCGCACAGACUCUGCUGUCAACAGGAUCAGCGUGUCAGUCAACCAGAAAAUCAUCGCUCUUCCUCACGACAAUCGGCAGGUCCGGCUGUUCGACAUGUCCGGGGUGCGACUGGCUCGACUCCCACGAAGCAACAGACAGGGUCACCGGCGCAUGGUGUGCUGCUCUGCCUGGUGUGAAGACAACACUUCCUGCAACCUGUUCACCUGCGGCUUCGACCGUCAGGCCAUUGGCUGGAACAUCAACAUCCCCGCCCUGCUGCAGGAGAAAUGACCUCCUCCUCCUCCUCCUCCUCCUACUGUAACCUCACAGUGAUACUCCACCCAAAGUUUAUGUUUGGAGUAUCAAACACCAUCACCUGUAGGCUUAAAAGGCGGUUGUCAAAGGUUUAGUUUCGCCCUUCUUUUUCUCCGUGAAAACUCGUGACACUGACGUAAUUUGAGCAACAACUCAAUGAAGGAUAAAAUUACCGACUUAUAAAAGACCGUCUUUCGAGCCUACUGGGGGUCAAUAUUUGAUACUCGAAGCUCCCUGAGGGACAGGACGGGAAAAGGACUCGCGAUCGAUGUCUGCUGCAUCAGUCACACUCUCUAAAUCACCACCGCCAAUAUAUACACAACACAUCUGUGUGUUUUUCGUGUGGAAGCUAUUCUUCGCCAUUUAAAACAAACAAACAAA